AUGCUGGAGAGAUUCACAGAGCAGUACCCUGAAAUUCAAGCAACCACCUUGGAUCAACGGCUGAGAAAAAAUAUGGAAAGGGACAGACCUGCUCGGCUAACUGAGGAGGACUUUACAAAAGCUGAGGACUUCAUCAGCCUAAUGAAGGUGCUCUACACGUCAACACUCUGCGUGUCUUCCGAAAAGAGUCCCACAUGCGGACAGAUUCUGCCUAUCCUCAAAAAGCUUGAGGCACACCUGGCUAAUGAUGAGAUCAGGGCCUUUCUCCAGCUGGCCAGUGCGUUGGAUACACGCUUUAAACAUAAAUUGGAUGAUGACACCAUCUGGGACCAGUUCCAGAGAAAGCUGAUUGAACAGUCAACAGAGGAAGUCUGUGGAGCUGAUGGGGACACCAUGCAGUCUGAGAAUGAGGCAAAGGAGGAGAACAGGGAUGAGCAGGGGAGUCAACAGCCUCCCUGCAAACUGCCCAAGAAGACUCCCUUGGAGGAGCUGUUUGCUGAGGAAGAGGCACAGCAGAGCUCCAUGUCCAUCAAGAAACGAGUGGAGAGAGAGCUGCAGAUGUACCAGGACGUUCCACCGAUACUUAUGUCUGACGACCCUGCUGCAUGGUGGUGGAACCAACAAAAGACUUAUCCUUUGCUGUCAGAUCUCGCUUUCUCCUAUUUAUGCGUUCAAGCUUCUUCCACACCCAGCGAACGUGUAUUUUCCACAGCAGGAGACACUAUCUGUCCAGAACGCUCACGCAUCUGAUUCCUGCCUGAGAAGGCGGAUAUGAUCAUUUUCCUAAACAAGAACUGUCUCUGAUUUUAUACUGUACCUGCUGCUAAUCUGGACUGGGUUUUGCAAGUUGUUUCUUAUUGUUUAUUUGCUUUUCUGCACCAGGUUAGCCCAUCAGUGGGAGCACGGUAACAUUUUUAAGUACCUGCAGCAUCAUACACUUGUGU